GCGUGGUCGGUGUUGAGUAAUUGUUGAACUGCUGGGUCGAAUAUGGAGAGGGUUGGCAUACCGGCAAGAAGAGGCAAAGAUUCACUGGAAAAAGCUCGUUGUUGAGUACAUUUGACCGACAUCUCAACUAUCACCGCAAUCUCAAGCAAUGCGUAGUACACAACCCCUACUUAUAACGCCAUGUUUGGGGAUGUUAUAGCACAAGUCACGUUUGCAGGAUAUAUUCUUGUUGUACAGAAUGAAUGAUGCGCGCAAACCUCGAAAGUGUCAAGUUUUUUUACUGGACGAAAGACGACUGGACUUCUUAAUUCAGCCUCGACUUAUGUCCUGUGAUUUGCUCGAUAUGGUAGCAUCCCAUUUUAACCUGCACGAGAAAGAAUAUUUCGGACUAUCGUACGCCGAGGAAGGAAGUGGAGCACAGACCUGGCUACGGCUUGACAAGAGAGUGCUUGACCAUGAGCUACCUCGACAUGACCCGCUGAUACUCCUCUUUGCUGUUAGGUUUUUUGUUCCCAACAUACUUAUUCUAAAAGAACCAGUCACCGUUGAGUUAUUCUUUUUGCAAGCCAGGGCAUUAAUAUUCAAGGGAAGCAUCCAAUGCGAUACUGAGACAGUCUUUGAACUUGCUGGCUAUGUUCUUCAAGCUGUCUAUGGGGAUUUUACAAGUGUUGAAGCCACCAAACAAGACUUAAAAAAGAUAGCUGUUCUUCCAACAAGGACUUUAAAAGAACACCCUUCUAUAUCCUACUGUGAAGAGAAGGUUUUAACAAGGUACAAACUAUGUGUAGGUCAGACAAAAGGUGAAGCGAUUGUGAGAUAUCUAUGCAUUUUUCAAAGCUUGCCAACAUAUGGGGUUCACUACUACGAAGUUAAGGAUAAAGGCAGCAUACCUUGGUGGCUAGGACUGAGUCCUCGAGGAAUAGGUGUAUAUGAUCACACAGACAAGAUAAAACCACGAAAGCUUUUUCAGUGGAACCAAAUAGAAAAUAUCUACUUUAGAGACAGAAAAUUCUCACUGGAAAUUAGGGAUUCCUACAGAUUUGAGUUUGUUCAAAGCAGGAAUAGGACUAAUUCAAUUGGACGCAAGCAGCAGCCAAGUGCUAGUAGUAUGAUGGUGCAUGUUUGGUAUGCCAGCACGUCGACCCUUGCCAAGGCAAUGUGGAGCAUGGCCAUCAGCCAACACCAGUUCUACCUGGACAAGAAAAAAGUCGAGACUAAAGCAGCAGCUAACCGUACCCUUCGGGAUGUGGCCCGUGAACUGUCCAUCUCAACGUCCUCCGUCCAGUCGUCAGGAACAUCCGAUAUCAGUGAUAGCAUUAGCAGCGAAUACUCACAGAGCAUAUCUACUAUUGAUGGGGCUGAGAGUUCAUCUUCAUCACGUGCGGCAGAGCGAGAGAUGGCGGCCGCGCUGCUCGCGAGGAGGGAGGCUCUGAUGGAGAAACUCCGCCAGAAGACCGAGGAGCUCCGAGACAUCUGUAUCCAGGAAGCGGAGUUCAUUGGGGAAUAUCCCCCCGAGACACCGUACACGGUAGGCAGCCCGCUGCCCCCUAUUCGAAGAAGGGUCGGUACCUCGUUUGAAUUCUCGGAACUGGUGGUUGAUGGGCACAAACAUGAUGAGUUGGAGGAAAUUAAAAGAGCGCAGAUGGACGUGGAGAUUCAGUCCCAGAUCACCAGCGCCGCAAGAAAACUUGCUGAAGAUACAAGCGCCAGCAAAAACGUACGGAAAACUCGAAAAGUCACCUACCAAAAAUCAUUGCGCAAGCUACGGCAGGUGGAGGAAAAGCUGACAAAACUCAAGCGAGAGUACGUGGUGAAGAGCGACCCAGAGGAAGACGAAGAAGCGGACGUGGACAGCAAUGGUUACGCGAAAUUUAACGGGGAGCCCUACAAUCCACACCCGCUCGUCUCCCCACACUACCCCAGACAGUACAAGCCGGCGACAAGUAUAACUUUACGCAAACCUAGCUCCACAUCGGACAUUACGCACCUAGGGGACUUUCACGAGCGGGGCUUUCAUAGCGGGCCCUCAUCUCCAGCAAUAGGCUGGCUCCCACGGAGUAAGUGCCCCCCAAGCCCUUCAACUCGAUCAUACCAGGGACCGUCGGAGAGUCACUUUCAGUUCAGUCCAUCCAUGCACGGGUCUAAGUCAGGUUACGAGAGGCCCGGCCCGGCAUUCCAGUACUCGGAUAGCGACACGAGGAGCGACACGAGGAGCGACUCGUCAACAAAGCCGUCCUCUGUCAGCUCCAGUUACGAGAACUCUGAGGACUUCACGGAUAAUACCAGUGAUACGAUACGAAACUAUGAGGGCGAGCGGAGCCCUCCCUAUCGCGGUAUGAUGAUCUCAUCAUGGGAUAAUUUGAACACUCACUCCUGCUCUCGUUCCCCUAGUCCCCGACUCACCCCGGGGGUGGGGCAGAGCUCGGAAAGUAUCCACAGUGAGGGUGGCGAUCCUCGGUUACCGCCGUACAGCCCCACAGGGCGGAUGGACAGAGCGUUCUCUUUCGGCAGCGCUAUGCUCAGGCCGCCCAAACUUUACUCAAAGCGCGGGAAUAAUAAGUACUUGAACACUAGCGAUUUGGCGAUCGUCAGUAGUACGGGGAACGCUGGUAGUUACUCGCUGAACCAUAAGAACAAUCCCAAUUCGCGAUCAGGACCGAAUCUUAACGCGAAGGUUUACAGUUCGACGUCGUCACUGUCCACGCUCGGCACUCAUCAGGCUCCGAUGCGGGGCGCGGCCUCUCACAUGAACAUGCCGUAUCUGAUCCAAAGCACGCUAGAGCGAACCAAUCAGCUCUCCAUGCCCUCCUUUUUCGAGGAGGACGUACUAGAGUGGAACUCGGACGAACAGCACGAAGCCACACUUGUGUGACUGUCGCAUGACUGUGAAAUGUGUGACUGGUAUUUUGUUGCAUGAUUGUGAAAUGCGUGAUAGUGGAAUGCGCGACAGUGGAAUGCGUGAACGUGGCAUGGUUGCGUGACAGUGAAAUGUGUGAUCUUGUCGCGUGACGACGAAAUGCGUGACGUCACAUGAAAUGAGUUACCUUGCGUACAAGCAAGCUUGUCAUUGCGGAACGCACCAUCGGCCAAUACCGUCAUUCUUUAGGUGCUUUAAGGAAGUUACACCCAAACUUCGCAGGUUUUACUUGUUGUGUGAUGCGUGAUUGUUUAGAAAUGACCAUUGACAUUAAACUUAUUCCGCUUACGCAUCGGAUAUGAAAUAACGGUCAGGCGCGUGCCAGUUGAACACUAUUUGUGUGAGCGUUUACGCCAACAACCCGUGCAGACGUCUUACACGGAAAUGACAUAAUGUCACGUGUAUAACUGUUGCGUGAAGCGUGAAAACGUGAAAUGUCCGACUUGCGGGAGUAGGACGCGUGCCGUUGUUGCGCCGUCUCGUCUUUUUCACGUGGAGCCAGAAACUGGUACGCAUGACUAACUCGAACUUGCCCAAGACCCGAGUAUUUUCUCUGUGCAAGCUUUUGUCAAAUGGUUUCAAGGUUUAAUCGUUGUUAAUCACAUGGCAAAAGAAGUAGAUAAGCAAAUACAAUUUUUAUAUUAUGACAUUCAUUUUAUAUUCACAAUGAAAUUUAAUUUCUAUCAGAUUCUGCCUGUUAUUCUUUAUAUUCAUUACUUGAACUAGAGAUGAAAUGUUUGCAUGUUUUUCUUAUCAUUAUACAAAUGUACAUAGAUUGAUGUUUUUUCCUAGUUGUCUUAUAUUUAAUCUUAUUUAUUUUUGCCUUGACCCGUUUUUUUAACUCUGACAUGUUUUUAUACUUUUAUCUCUAGGUCUUUCUAACCAUGCUGUGUUUAUAAUAUAUUGUGUUUAUUAAGAAAUUAUUCAGAUGUAUUCUUGUCUUUUUGCAAGAGCUGACCAUACAUGUACUGACUUAUGGAUUUGUUAAAAUAUUGUGUUUAUUUAGAAAGAAUUAGAAAGCGUCUGAUGUUAUUCUUGUCUUAUUUCGAAAGCCUGAUGUACUGACUUCUGUAGGUAGAAAGUAGAUUUUCUCUGUUCUCGAUCUAUUAUCAAAUGAUGUUAUGGUCUGCAUAUUGGCUUUUAAUAUAUAAACUAUAUGAAAUAUAUGAAAUAUAUAUGAAACAGAGUAGUUGCGCUGACGUUUCGAGCGUACGAAGGGUUAACGCUCGAAACGUAAGCUCAACUACUCUGUUUCACAGAGGCAUUUAACAUACCUUUUCAACCUUGUGUUGAUUUAUACCUUGUUUACAACACGCCUACGCAGACCAUCUAGUUUUUCUACUGCUUGUCUGUAGUCUUUCUAGUUAUACCAUGGCUUUCAAUCUGCCUGUUAUUCUUUAUAUUCAUUACUUGUACUAGAGAUGAAAUAUUUGCAUGUUUUUUUUAUCCUUAUACAAAUGUACAUAGAUUGA